GCCAAGGCGGUCUCUUAAAAGGGUUGGGCCAGGGCGCCCGGAGCUUGUGGGGCCGCCCAGCUUUGCAGGGCCUUCCCUGAAGCCCUGCUUUCUCUGCCAACCCCGAUUCCGAUUCCUUUCGCCCUGACCGGGAGACGAAUUCUCAGGCGAUUCACCCACCUGUGCUGCUUUCUUUGAAAAUCUUCCCUGCAAGAGGCUGGACAUAGGGAGGAAGCAAGGCAGUCUGGACAGAGGACCCAAGCACAGAGAGAACGGCAGGAGCAACUCCUGCUGAAGAGCUAAUCCAGGAAUCUGAUCCGUGAAAACCUAGGAGGUUUGUUAACAGACCAACAUGUUUUCUCCUGCUAGUUCAAAAAUCCUAUACAGGAAUCCCCGAUUCCUCCGCUUAGCUUUUCUGCAGCUCCAUCACCAGCAGCAGAGUGGAGUGUUCUGUGAUGUCCUUCUGCAGGCAGAAGGUGAGGCAGUCCCCGCCCAUUGCUGCAUCCUGUCUGCCUGCAGCCCCUUCUUCACCGAGCGCCUUGAGCGGGAGAGGCCAGCUCUUGGUCGGAAGGUGGUGCUGGAGCUGGGGGGCUUGAAGAUCAGGAUACUUAGGAAGCUGAUAGAUUUCUUGUAUACCUCAGAGAUGGAAGUAUCUCGAGAAGAAGCCCAGGAUGUGCUUUCUGCUGCCCGUCAGCUCCAAGUAUCUGAGCUAGAAUCCCUUCAGCUAGAGGGUGGGAAGUUGGUGAAGGCCCCUCAGGGCAGAAGACUGAACCGGGAGUGCUUACAACCUCCAAGUGCUGCACCAAUCUCUGCCAGGGUGGUGGCAUCCAGCCACCACCCUCGACCGCCACUGCCUGUUCCCCAGACUCCCUGUCCUCUUGGGGCAGUGAGGUUGAAGUCGUCAGGGACGGAGGAAGGGUCCCAGGACAAGAGUGACCGACAGAAUGCAGAGAACUUGUCUGACACUCUUGUGCUCAAGAGGAAGGCCAGAGCCUGCCCUCCUCCACCAGAAAAAAACUCUUCACCAUCAAGCAACAGUCAGGGGCCUGAACAGAACAAGAGUCCUGCAGCUCUUUCCCCCGCCAGCGUGGACCCCUCUGUGGAUGAGCAGCUAUUGCCCAGAAAGAUCAGACUGAGUCGUUCAAAGCCAUCUCCUGAUGUCUGUGUACCCAAACCUUCUAGCAUUUUAAGUGGACCCAACUCAGUGCCUGCAGCCCCUGGCCGGCGUCUUUGGCGACAAAAAAGUAUAAAGAAAGAAGUACCAGAGGACAAGCAGAAACCAGGGAGAGUUAAUCUUCUACAGAGCACCCCAAGCCCAUCUGGCCUUGGAAAGACGGGCGGGAGUAAGAAGCGGAGCCCUGAAGUCAGGGCAUCUAACUCGGACUCGGCUGCAGAGGAGGGGCAGGUUGGGAGAGUGAAACUCCGUAAGACUGUCAACGGGACCUGCUGGGAGGUGGUGCAAGAGCCUCCCCUCAAAAACUCUCAAGAUAGUCCUCAGAUCCCAGAACCUGGAGACUCAGGAGAGCGGCCAGGGAUUCAGCCAUCCUCGGUUAACCUGCAGGAAGUGUCAUCUGCUACAACAGACCUGUGUCAGGACUCCCCACUAGUGUGCUCUAGGCUACAAGACAUUCUUUCUGCUAGCCACUCCCCAGGCCCCCCUGUGAAGUCUGAGUUUGGGUCCAGUCCAGAGCUGGCAGGGAAGGAACCUGGGUUCGACGUCGACUGCAGAGAGCCAUAUUCAUUUGACACAGGCCUGCUCGGGCAGCCCUGUGAAGCUGAGGAGUACCGAAUCACAAGUGCCGCUGCCACCAGUGAGCUAGAAGAGAUCCUGGACUUCAUGCUGUGUGGCUCAGACAUUGAACCACCUACAGCGUCUCUGGAGAGUCCCAGACCUGAGGGCUGCAGGACCCCUAGUUACCACCUGACAGACACAGGAAAGAACUGGAUCGAAGGGGAAGAAUGGUAUUUACCAGACAUGGAACUCUGGCCCCAGGAGCUCACAGGAUUGGAAAAGGAACCUGUUGGUGAGAACAAAGAGCUAGUCGAGUCCCUUAACCCCCUUGUCAUGCCCUCUGAGAUGAGUGAAGGGGAGGUGCUUUCAGUAGAAAGCUCUUGGACUCAAGACCUAGAGAUUACCAGCUCUGAGCAACUGGAUGAUCAGAGAGACAAACUUGUACACACUGACUCCCUUGACCCUCCCCAAAAGUCCUACGGAGACCUCUCACCUCCUUGUUCAAACUGGGCACAGACUGGGCUGGAAGUGUCCCUGACUAUGGAUGAGGUAUUGUACCCUGCUCCAGAAGCAGGCAAGGAGGUACUGAGCAACUCUGAGCUGUUGGACCCACUUCCUGCCAGCCCACAGGAGGAAGCGAUUGAUGUGGUAGACUGGACAUCAGAGGGAAAGUUGGUGCCCACCAGUAUCCCCUCCGUAUGGCCUGACCCUUCCUCAGAGUCAGAAACAGAGGUAGACAUCAUAACGUAGUGGAGUGGGGAAGGCAGUUUAAGGGCACUGGGAGGAUGGAAAAUGUUGGCUGGCAAAAGGUAUUGGCAGAGAGGCUAGCACAUAUCCUGUCCUCCCCUCCUCAGGCUUUGGGAGUUAGGCAUAAGUCAAGUAGUACCAUGGGUAGAAAAUUAUGAAUUUGAACCAUCUUGUUUCCUUACAAUCUAUUUUACAGUUAAUGACAAACAAGUGAAAUAAUAAGCCGUGUGGUCCCCAACUCUAGUGGAUCAUAGGUAAUAGCCAAGGCCAGGUUUCCCAGGUUAUGAGGCACUGCUAAUUCAGAACAAAUUACCACCCUCCAUGGUAGGAGUUUGAUGUAUGAGAAAACGUUCCAGAGGGUGUGAAGUGGUGCUGGAGUGGAACACAAAGUGGGUGGGAGUGACAGGACGUGGUCCAGCACCUUACGUGUGGGGCUUAUUCACUACCAGUAUGGGAAAUCUAGCCAAAACCUCCACAGGGGCCAGGAACAGGUACUUCCAUCAUCACUUCUAAGAAGUGAGUUGAAAAGAUAGUUGCUUUUUAAAAAAAUAAAUUACUUUUCCCAUUUUUACAAGUAUUUCCAUCGUUUUU